AUGAUCUGUGAUCACUUCCUGCUGGGGUACUGCCCCAAGAGUGAGAGGUGCCACCUGUACCACACGCAGUACCCCUUCCACUGGCAGCUGAAGAGGACUGACACCCCAGAUUGGGUCAGCCUGGAACCCAGCUCCCAGCUGAAAGCAGAACGUUGGUUCUGUGACCCGGAUAAGGAAAGGGUCUACCUGACACAUGGGACUCUCAAGGACCAACUCUGCCUGAACUUCGUCUUGCUGAUGGUGGAGAAUUCCACUGUGUACAGCCAAGAGAACCUUGAGCUCAUGCUGGACUGUCUUAGUAAGGGUCAGGACAGCUGCUGGCUGGGUAAAGACUGGGCCUGUGUAAAUCUCAAGAUGCUUACCGAGAAAAACUUCAUCACAGACUCCACCCACCGCAUCAGAUCCAGACCCACCUUCCGCUCGCCAGACUCCCUAAGACAACACCUCAGGUACAAGCAUGCAGUCAAAUUUCAGCUGCCGGUACCCACCAAUGUGGACCCUGAGUCCAGGGAACCCCCUGUCCAUGCUGGAGGUUCCUCCUGGGACUCUGGUUUACAGGACGGUUCACGACCUGUUCCACAGAACCAUGCCAGAGAGCCAGCCCAGAUCACCAGCCUGCAGCAGGUCCAGAACACCUUCCAGUGGGACAAGUAUAGAAUGCAGAAGAAGCACAUGGAGGACACGCAGGACAGUUGUAGCUUGGUCCUGCAGAGACACCUGUUCCAUGGAACAUGCGAGAGCACCGCCAUGGACAUCUGCCGACAGAACUUCGACCCUCGCAUGGCGAAACCCACUAGUCAUUACGGCCGUGGCGUUUACUUCGCCUGUGAAGCUUUUCGGUUCCGCCUCUACUCCAUCAGAGGGCCAGGGGGAGACUUUACAGACUGUGGCUUCAUGUUCCUGGCUAAGGUGCUUGUGGGUAAAGCCUGUGUAGGAAAAAUGUAUUUUGUCCGUCCCCCUCGACUCCCCAACCCCACUAAGUCAGGACGGCAUCACUACGAUUCCUGUGCGGAUCAGAAGCAUCCUACCAUAUUUGUUGUGUUUGACAGCAGCCAGUGCUACCCCUACUACCUCAUCAAGUACAAAGUCCUGGCAAACAAUCGCAGUGCUGUGUGAAGGGCAUACAAAACAGAACCAGGACUGGUUUAGGAGGGCACAUUAUUUUGGAUGGAGUAUUGUUGACGUUACACUUUUAUUUACAUUUUCACUUGAAAUUGGACAGCCAGUUACUUGCGACACUGAAAUGUACUAUAACAAUGUUCAAUUUUUGUGGUACUAUUAGGUCAAGAGUUCAAGACUCUUGUGGAUUGAUUGGUUUCUUUUAUUGCCUUUUAAUUUAAGUCAACAUUUAGUCUAUUUGUAGAACUAUACUGAAAACAAAAUGUUAGUCAUGUUCUUUAUCUUUUGGUAAAAGGCCCUCUGUGGAAGAAAUGGAUUAAGAAGUCAAACUGUUCCUAACAGCUCAAUUUCUUCC